AUGAGUGGGCGUUCGUCCGCUCCCGAGACUGCGAACUUGCGCACUGGUCAGCACAAUGGCACUCUGCACGGCAGAGCAUCCGGCAUCUCCGACAGCAGCUCUGGCAGCAGCGACGCCCCAGUUCGACCGGCUUAUUCGAGUCAAAACUCCUCCUUCGCCUCUACCGUGGGCGAACAAGCUUUGCGCUCAUCACUUUCCAGCGGGGAGAAUAGCGUCGAGAUUACACCCAUCCACUCUGGUAGGACAAGUCCUCAAUUCAUAAGACGGUCCAUCAAGGAUGACCCCCCGGCUCUGUCUACUCCGCCCAUAUCGAGAAGUUUGCAGAGCUUUUAUGAUGAGACCGACGAGAGACAGAGGCUGGAAGUGGAGAGUCAGAUCUAUAAAGGCCGAGCGGCUGAAGUCGACAGCUUUUCUGCAGCAUCGAACGGCGGCGCCGGUCUUGAUGUUGGAGAGAAAGGAGGGCAAGCUUCUUUAACAAGCUCAAUGGACGGCUUCACGGCCGAUGUGGCGCACCUCAGAGUGUCAGGUGAACAGAAGGACUCACCCAGCACGACGCAACAGCCGAGAGGCACAGCAGGUGCAAGCGCUGGACAGGCAACUCCUUCAUCGUAUCGAGCAGCUAACAAUGCCAUCGCAGCUUUGAAGCCUGCAGCCUCCGUAGCGGAUGGUACCGAGCAGCGUCUACGGCAAGCGGCAGGUUACGCAUCUUCGCCCGCUGAUGCUGCAGCUGCCUUGGCAGGCCUAGGAUCUACUUCAGCUUCCGGCACAAGCGCUGGUGCUGGUGCUGGUGCUGGUGCUGCUCUGCCUAGCUCCAAUACGGACAUGAGCAACGAGCUUGGCAGCCUAUAUGCAAGGUUGCAGAGAUGUCUGCAGCUCAGAGAAAAGUACAUGAGUGUCAGUCUGCAAUCUCGCUUGGAAGACAAUCCGAAGAAUUGGGAUGCAGAGUACUGCGAGCAGACACAGAGCGGAGUUGAUGACGCAAAAAUGAACGAAGCAAGCGCAGAUGAUAGCGCAAGGCAACCCAGAUCCAUCAUCGUCGAUGGUAGCGCGUCCGUACAGACAAGUGAGGAAGGAGGCGUGACCAGCAAACCUUGGCGCAUAUAUCCGGCCCCUCCUCGUCCUCACUGGGAGCACUUUCAUCCCGCACCCGCUUCGUCCUUUGUCUCUAGACCGCAACACACCAGCGUCAAUCCUUUGCCUCCUGCGCAACCUCCUGCCAGUCCUGCAAAUGCUAAAGCAGCACAACAAUUGCUAGAAGGAACUGGAGGCAAGCCAGGUGUGUUCAGGCAAGAGGAUGUAAGAUACCCGGACCGGCACCUGAUUGAUGGUCAAGAGGUCAAGUUCGAAUUGGACUCUAGCGGUGUGUUCCAAGUGUGCGUUGAGAAGGGCAAUCGAGAGGACAAAGCGCAAGCGGAGGCCCAGCAGACCAAGCCCGAGUAUUUAUCCAACGUACCCACUGCGAGGGAGUAUUUCAAAGAUCUGGACUUUUUGCUCGGUGUCAUUUCGGAUGGACCGGUCAAGAGCUUUUGCUGGAGACGCAUCAAGUAUUUGGAACACAAAUGGCAGCUGUAUUUUUUGCUCAACGAAGGGCAGGAGCUGAAAGCCAUGAAGGCCGUCCCUCACAGGUGAACAUGAACGAUGAGAGAGGUCUGACCUGCUUACUGAUUGGAUCGUUACGCACCGCCUCGCAGAGACUUCUACAAUGUGAGGAAAGUGGACACGCAUGUUCACCACAGCGCAAGCAUGAAUCAGAAGCAUCUCUUGCGCUUCAUCAAGAGCAAGAUCAAGAGGUAUCCUGAUGUGAGUCGCGAGUCGCCUUUGUGAUGCAAUCAUCGAAUCGCAUUAAGACGUUUGCGCACUUUUGACACGUCCGCAGGACGUUGUCAUCUACAGGGAUGGCGCCGAGCUGACACUACAGCAAGUAUUUGAGAGCUUAAACUUGACUGCGUACGACUUGUCCAUCGAUACGCUCGAUAUGCAUGCUCAUCAGGAUGCUUUCCAUCGUGAGUCCGUAUCAAAACCUUCACUUCUGCUAGUCCAAGCUGUGUGACCCAUGUAUUGACAGCCACACUGCAAUUUCUGCAGGAUUCGACAAAUUUAACCUGAAGUAUAAUCCGAUCGGCGAAUCACGUCUGCGAGAGAUUUUCCUUAAGACGGAUAAUCUGAUCCAAGGUCGUUACUUGGCCGAGAUCACCAAGGAGCUGAUGCAAGAUUUGGAGCAGAGCAAGUAUCAAAUGGCCGAGUACAGGUUGAGCAUCUAUGGACGAUCUGUCAGCGAGUGGGACAAGCUUGCAACGUGGAUCGUGGAGAACAAAUUGUUCAGCCCCAACGUAAGGUGGCUUAUUCAGGUGCCAAGACUCUACGAGGUGUACAGAGGCCAAGGCACCAUUCAGAAUUUCGAGCAACUGUUGGACAGUAAGUUCACCUAUUCAUGCUGACGUAUCAAAGCGCCUCUCCUGACACGAGAUUCCGCCUCCUGCCUCCUUGCGCGCGCAGACGUCUUCCGUCCCUUGUUCGAGGUGACGCAGAACCCGAGCUCGCAUCCCGCUCUGCACAUCUUCCUCCAGCGAGUCGUAGGCUUCGAUGUGGUGGAUGACGAGAGUAAACCGGAACGGCGGGUACACCGCAAGUUUCCGGUGCCCAAGUUGUGGGACUACAGAGAGAGUCCGCCGUACAAUUACUGGUGAGUCGAUGUAUUCCCGCGCUGCGUGGCGUCUUUUCCGUGACCGUCAGUUGACGUUCGACGUGACAAAUCCAGGCUGUACUACAUGUACGCGAAUAUGAGCAGUCUGAAUCAGUGGCGUCGGAUGCGAGGCUUCAGUAAGUCAUGCGGGCGCCUAGAUUUUUGCGCCUGGUUUGCUGAUGGUCGUUCCUCAACCUUGCCUCCUCAGAUACGCUUGUAUUAAGGCCGCAUGCUGGGGAAGCUGGCGAUACAGAUCACAUGGCGGCCACUUUCUUGACAUCGCAAUCCAUCAGUCAUGGUAUCUUGCUUCGAAAGGUUCCAGCACUUCAGUAUCUUUACUAUGUGAGUGGCGAGAAAGUAACGAGAUGAGCAUGGUAUGCCCCCGCAGCUCAACGCGCUCGCCGCACCGCGACUGAUCUGACAGCUGAAGCAAGUGGGCAUGGCCAUGUCGCCCUUGUCCAACAACGCGCUCUUUCUAUCUUACGAACGCAACCCAUUCCCGUCCUUUUUGCGAAUGGGCAUGAACGUCUCCAUCUCGACGGACGAUCCCCUGCAAUUUCAUCUUUCCAAGGAGCCGCUUUUGGAGGAAUACAGCGUGGCGACGCAAAUUUACAAAUUGACGCCGGCGGACAUGUGCGAGCUGGCACGAAACAGCGUGCUGCAGUCUGGCUGGGAGAUGGAGCUCAAGAGGCACUGGUUGGGCACCCACUUUUACAAGUAUGGCCCUAGCGGUAAUUCGAUGGCGAAGAGCAAUGUCCCUGUGAGUUGUCAGCGCGUGCGCGUGCUGAGGCUCGAUCGUUUGCUCAGGAUGCAUCGCGACCGCCCAACUUGCUGUUCCCUCACAGGACAUUCGGAUGCGAUACCGCGAAGAUACUCUCAAAGAGGAGCUGGACCUGGUCUGUCACAAUGAUGCGCGCUCGGCGAGCCUGUCCUUGUGA